GAUGCAUAAACAGCUUUCUGGUGCAAGAGACUAUCAAAGAAAAGUACAAUGGUGCUGAGUUUACAUAGCCUAACAACAAUUUUAGUUGCCAUCUUUGUUGUCACUGCUGUUUAUAUGAUAAGCGGAAGGAGACAGCAUUUCUUUGAAGGUGUCAGUACAAUGUCCAGAACCACAGUGAAGAGUACUAACAAUGAAACGAUCAUGAAGGGUUACAAUGAAACGACAUUGAACGGCAAUAGCGAAUUGACACCGUUGCCAAGUUGUGAUCUGUUUUCAGGUAAGUGGGUUUAUGAUAAUUCGACGAUUCCUUUGUAUUCUUCGAAGCAGUGCUCAUUCUUGAUUGGUGAGUUUGCCUGUGAGAAGUUUGGAAGAAAGGAUUUAAGCUAUCAGAAAUGGAGAUGGCAACCCAACCAGUGCGACUUACCAAGGUUCAAUGCCAAAGCAUUACUAGAGAGAUUGAGAGGGAAAAGGAUGGUCUUUGUUGGAGAUUCAAUAAACACAAAUCAGUGGGUUUCCAUGAUUUGUAUGGUGGAAUCUGUAAUCCCAUCAGCACUCAAAUCAGUGCACGUCAAUGGCUCUCUCACCACCUUUAAAGCCAUUGAAUUCAAUGCAACCAUUGAGUUUUACUGGGCACCAUUGAUGGUUGAAUCAAAUUCGGAUAAUCCGGUUUACCAUCGAGUACCGCAUCGAAUAGUCAGAGCUGGAGCUAUUGAAAAACAUACAAUCCAUUGGUCUGAUGCUGACAUACUUAUCUUUGAUUCCUACCUUUGGUGGAGAGUAGCAGAACUGCAAGUCCUAUAUGGAUCCUUUGAAAAACCUAAUGAAGGAAUCUACAAAGAUUUAGGAAUGGUGGGUAACUUUGAAGUGGCACUGAAAACAUGGUCAGAUUGGCUCGAAAAUCAUAUAAACCGUACAAAGACACAAUUGUUUUUCAAUAGCAUAUCUCCAACACAUCACUGGGCAGGUGAAUGGGGAAAGAAAAAAGAAGGAAAUUGCUACAGCGAAACAGAACCGAUAUUACAAGAACAUUACUGGGGUCAACAAACAAAUCCAGACAUUAUGAAGGCAGUGGAGAGUACAGUCAAUAAAUUGAAAGUUAGAGGUGUUGAUGUGAAAAUACUGAAUAUCACACAACUGUCAGAAUACAGAAAAGAAGGCCAUCCUUCUAUAUAUAGAAAACAAUGGGAUACUUUAACUCCAAAACAACUAUCAAACCCUGCUAGUUAUUCAGAUUGCACGCAUUGGUGCCUACCUGGAGUCCCUGAUACUUGGAAUCAACUCCUUUAUGCUUACCUACUGCCCUGAUAGGUAAUUUUCGAGACAUACAUUGCAAAUUUGAGAUGUUUUUAUCAAAUAAGAAGAAAAGAACACAUUGACAAGUUAGGAAACCUGUACAUAAAAUCUAGACCUUGGCUAUGUUUUUUUUCCAGGAUCCCUACUGGGUCUCAGAGAUAUAUGCACUGUUCAUAAAGAUUGAAAAAGACGUUCAUUUCCAUACAUCAGGAUCCCUGGGCAAGCACCAGCGAUUACAAUAAAGUAUUAUCACAGCUAUCUGAACUACUUACCCCUCCAAUCACAGCAAUUUCCUAGUGUUUCUGCCACUAAAACUUCUAGUAGAUGCAUGUUGUAAAAAAAAAAACAACGCACUAGUAAGCUUACAAAUUUUAGUUAUCUGGAAUACUUAAAGAGCGCCACAAUUCCACAGGCAUCCCAGGUCGCCAACCUGAUGGAAUAGUAAGGUGUGGGGGGAGUAAACCUUGAACCGCUGCUAAAUCACCAAGCUUAUUAUUCUCUGUGGCUAAUCCAGGAGCCUUCACCAAUGUCUCAAUUGUCUUCUCAUUAUUUUCAAUCUUAGGCAAUCCAAUAUCAAGAUCAACGAAAUUAUACAACUGCUAUGCACGCAUUUGUUCUUCUUGUGGGGCAGGAGGAAGAGCUCCACGAAGUGGAGGUUGCCCCGCCCCAAAUUCAGGUGGUGCAAAUGUUGUGUAACUAAUUCUAUGAGCAUAAGACAAUAUAUCAUUCAUUUUCAAUAAAGUUGCAAUACUAGUAGUAGUAGUUAAAGUCAUUUCAGUAUCAUCAGAAUUACCUUCCAAUUUCGU